UUCGAAACCGAAACUAAUUAUGUGUAUUUUUCCAAAAGGCCCGUCAAUAUUUCGGUAUUGUAAUACUUAAUCUGAGUACAGCUUAAUAAAAAUAACAAAGUGAAAAAAAAAAUCUGAAUGAGCCGUGGACGUUGGGAAUUGUAGUUUUCCCUAUUGUGGUAAUGUAGCAAACAGCUUCGAAGACUGAACUUUCCCACAAUCACCAGCGCCAUGAGCUGACACGACCCUCUUGGGGGUAGUGGAUUAAAUGUGAAAGUAUUAAGUAUUUCACUUUCAGAGUUUCGAGGUUUUGUAGAAAACGGUAUAUGUGUUAACCAUCGGGGUGUAUAAUUUUGUCUGAGAUCCGUUUACGUGUAAGUGAUUGUUUUCGAACUGUAGGCCACACUGGAAUCAGACAUGAACGGGAAUUUAAAGAAUACUAUGUCUCACAUAGAGAUCCAGUUAAGCAGGGGCCCUUCAGAUAAUUUACUGGGGAUUUCCUGGAUAGACAGUGCCUGGAGUCCGAUUUUAAACUCAGCAAAUGUUCUUGACUAUUUCUCGGAGAGGAGUAACCCUUUCUAUGAUAGGACGUGUAACAAUGAAGUGGUUAAGAUGCAAAGACUUACUCUGGACCAUUUGAAUCAGAUGGUCGGAGUGGAGUAUAUCCUGCUGCACACCCAAGAUCCUAUACUCUACAUUAUUAGAAAACAGCAGCGGCAGUCACCGACACAGGUUGUUCCACUGGCAGAUUAUUACAUAAUUGCUGGAGUGGUUUAUCAAGCACCUGACCUGGGAUCAGUCAUAAACUCCAGAGUGGUAAGUUUGAUUCAUUAUUUACCUGUUUGUUGUCUAGCUUCCUGUGCCAAGCCAAGAGUUGUUUGUUUGGUAUAUUCCUGA